GUGUAUCCCGGCGAGCCUCCCGCAGUCUGCCAAGAGGUCAGUAACUGAGUCAGUGGACGACCUGAGGGAGUGUGUGAGCGGUGUUGAUCAAGUACAGACACCAGCCAUCUAUUACACUAUGAUUGGGCAGCGUUCCCCGUACACAAGCAGCGUGUCCAUGAGGGUGGCGCUGGCAGCAAUACAGACGUCAGUAAGCAUGCUUCCACGGUGGACGUGUGUUCUUCCUACAUUUGUGGCUUUGAACUAUGCCCAGAGCGACGAUAGGCACAACAAAAGGAGCAGAUCCCUCUGGUAUACAGCAAAAGAUGAACAUGAAGGAAUUGGCUUGGCUGAUAGUGAGUUGCAAGCUAUUUCAAGGUUGAGUAACAUGAAACACUUCAAAAGUGUUCUCGACCCCAUCCUUGUGCCUCGCAUCGUGGGCUCAACUAAUCAUGCUAAUGUUAGGAAGCAUCUCGUGAACACGAUGCAUGAUCUUUCGUGGACCGUUGAAGAGGAUACAUUUUUGUCCAAUACUCCCUUUGGUAAGAAGAAUUUUACAAAUGUGAUAGCUACUCUAGACCCAGGAGCAACUCGUCGCUUAGUUUUGGCUUGCCAUUAUGACUCAAAAAUUCAUCGUGAAGGUGCUUUUGUUGGUGCCACUGAUUCUGCUGUUCCUUGUGCAAUGAUGCUGAACUUAGCCACAGUGAUGCAAACCAGCCUGAAUCAACACAACCAAACCAGAUCAGAUCUGACCUUGCAGUUCUUAUUCCUCGAUGGUGAAGAAGCAUUCCGUGAAUGGUCUGAAAAGGACUCUCUGUAUGGUGCUCGUGAUUUAGCUGCCAAGAUGAAAAACAGGCCAUACCCAGAUGUUAACAUCGAUAACACCAAUGAACUUCAUAGAAUAGACUUGUUUGUUUUAUUGGAUCUCUUGGGUACAAAAGAUGUUCAGUUUUCUAGCUACUUCAAAAACACUGACCGCUGGUAUGCUCGUUUGAUUUCAUUUGAACGCCGAAUGAAUGAUCUACAAUUACUUCACCGGAGACAGUUCAUUUUCCGAAAACACACCGCUCACACUUACAGUAUUGAAGAUGAUCACAUUCCAUUUCUUCGUAGAGGUGUUCCAGUUCUGCAUCUGAUUCCAACACCAUUCCCCACAGUCUGGCACAACCUUUCAGAUAAUGAAAGGUCUCUUCACUAUCCCACCAUUGAGAACUUGAACAAAAUUUUGUAUGCAUUUGUUGCCGAUUAUCUCCACUUGCUUAUAUAGGGAUUCGCCCAGGACACAGCUAUUCAUGAUGACUUAUGAAAUUUUAUAUAGUAUAUGGUAUAUUUUCAUGUUUUUGUUAAAAUUUAAAUUUAUGAAAUUUUUUAAUGGUAUAUUUUCAUAAUUUUAUUAAAAUUUAAUUUAAAGUUUAUUUACUUUUAGUGCCCUUAAUAUUUCUACUGUUUACAAAACUUUCUUGCCUCUGUAUACCUGUAGUUGCUUAGACAUUAAAAUUUUUGUAUUUGUCAGCAGCACUAUGAUGUAUUUUAAUAUUAUAUUUCAUCGCUAAUAUUUUUGCAUUUUCUACAUUCUAUAAUAUAGGUAUAGUUGUCAAAGCUGUGUUCUGGAAUAAUCGAUGCUUUGUUAUAAAAACAAAGUACCAUUGAAGGAUAAAGGUGAUGCUAAUGAAAAAUUAGUUUUUAUAUUGUUGCAUAGUUUAAACAUUGCUCUCAUGUAGAGGUUAAAAGGGAAAAGGAAAAAAUGUGCUGAGUUUGUUUCUUUUGACAUGGAAGGGUUUUCAACUGUAUUACAUGGAUGGGGGUUUUGAAAGUUGUUCAUCAUUCCACAAUUGUUUUAAUUUUAGUGGGCAGUAAAAUUAGGGUGUACAGUAUUGUGCUGGUACAGAAUACCAUCACUUGAUAGUUACUUGGAUUGUGUGUGUUUUUGGUGCCUGAAAUGAGUAAGUCUUGCAUCAAAACUAAUCAAACAUUUAUUUUACUUGUACUUCUGUGUGUUGAGAAAAAAAUUAAAAGCAUCUAUACCGAAAUAAAAUACAGUAAUCUCCCUGUUAGCCGGAAUCCCUGACCGAAAUUAAAAAAUCUGGGAAAGCUCUCCCUGCCGGGCAUUGGAAUGAGUUUCCUAGUAUUAAAAUCAGGCACAUUUUUUGAGAAAAUCUCUAAGCUUCCCUGCUCUUGACCUGGGAACAGAUUUUCCAAGAGGUUACAUCAUGCUCUGACGCGUCCCCACGUGCUAGGUGUGUAACAAUCUUCAAGAACGAGGUACUUUCCCAUCUGGAAUACUGUUGCCCCAUCUGGUCCCCGAGAUAUGCUAGGGACUGUCUGUUGAUUGAAAAUAUCCAAAGGAGGGCCACUAGAUUGGUGCCUGCACUUUGGCACCUCGGUUAUCCAGAGAGAUUAAAACACCCGUAACUGCCUAGCUUGUACUACAGAUGGGCAAGGGGUGACCUAAUUGAGGUGUAUAAACAUCUCAACGGGCACUGCUCACUCAAGUGUCCAUACCUGGAGUUGGCGGAAGCCCACCCCACAGCUCUAGGUUGAAGAGGACACAAGUCCAGAAAACAUUGAGGACAUUAUUUUUCAGAGUGAGAAUUGUGAACUCGUGGAACAACCUUCCAGAGAGAGUUGUGACAGCACCGAGUGUAAGCUGUUUCAAGACCUGACUUGACCAUCACUGGAGCAGGUUCAGAUAUAUUCAGGAGCCAGUGCAUGCCCAGUACUUGCUUAUACCUGUAGUGCAUAACAGAGAAGUAACCAACCGCUCAAGUGGCUACCGAGCCAAUCGGUGGCAAAGAGGAUAAAGUAAAAAGUAAAUUCAUAUCUCUUGACACGAUUAGAACUGAUUAUAUACUUUCGCUAGCUGUAAAUAUUUUCACUCGUGACUGCGGCCUAUAUGUAAUGGAAGAGUGUUUGUAUGUGCAAGAUGGAUAGUUUAGACUUUGGAAACUUUACCCAGCACUUCUGCUUAGUUUGUCUCUCAGAAAAUUUUCCCCAACGCCUGGAAACACUCCAGGGAUGUGAGUGUCUUUCCUUGCAAAAUGCAUGGGUUAUUCUCUUGGAAACUAUCCCCAGCUCCUGGAAGAUCUUUGCACCAAUUGUUUUGGCUAAUGGGGAUAUCGCUAAUCACUAUGGCUAAUCAGUGAAGUAAUUUGAAUUAUAAUUUUGUAGAAUUUUGUUAAAAAUUUCAGUAUUAGUGUUUUCAUAUACAGUACUGUAGAAUGUUUACCAUAAUUUCAUAAGCUGUCACAAAUUUGGUGAAUUAAUAACGAAGUGUUCAGGGAGUGAUCUCUAUGUAGACAACUUUGCUAUGUAUGUUGGAAUUAAUGUUAUAAACAAGUAAGAAAAAUCUUUCUUUCCACUAAAGAAAAAAAUGGCAUUGACAGUCUACUUCGAUUUCUCUAAAUGAAGUUCAGUUGAUUCUGUAUUAAGUUUUAUAUUACAUUGAAAAGUGAUCUUAUUAUUGUAUUGUUACAUAUACUAAGUUAAAUCCUCAUCGAACAGUAAGGAAUGAAAAUUCUCAUUUCUGAAUCGGUUGUUUGAAUGGUAGCAAUUUACAGCGAUGGAAGUAAACACCACAGGAGGUAAAGCUCUCAAAAAAGGAGGAAACUUAGGUGUAUUGGGUAUGCCUCAUUAAUUUUUUUUAAAGUAUAUCUUGUAUACCUUCUGUACAUUAGUCUCAUUAGAAUUAUAUUUUUCUACAUAAAGCUGUGAAUGUUAUAUUUAAAGAUUUUAUGAUGUAAUUUACUUUUUUGGAAAAGUUCUUGGCUUCAAAUCCUUUGUAUUUUUAACCAUUUGCUCCUUGGAUAUAUUUAAUCGCACAAAUACAGUAUACAGUAUAUUGAAUAUACCUUAUUUUAAUACCUUAUGAGAUUUGAAUUGGUAAUGGUUUCCCUACUUUUGACAAAGAGCACAAUUUAUUUUACUGUGAAAAGAUCUGGAUCAACAGGAACCUGAUAUUAUUGAUCAUAAAUUAAUUCUUGAUUCAAUAAAAUUAAUAUGCACAA